CCUUUGCAAAUCAGAAAAACAAAAACACUGAGACACUGCAGAAUUCAAAGUCGCGCUCAAAUUAUUUCACCAUCAAACAUAUUCUAAACAUUUUACGGCAGACAUUUUGAAUUUACAAAACGAAAGCUCUAACAAAUGGGCGACGAAACAGGAGGAGCGUCGCUACCAACAAUCGGCACAGACGCCAAAAAACGCCGCGUAACCUACUUCUAUGAACCCUCAAUCGGCGACUACUACUACGGCCAAGGCCACCCAAUGAAACCGCACCGAAUCCGUAUGGCCCACAACUUAAUCGUCCACUAUUCUCUCCACCGUCGGAUGGAAAUCAACCGGCCGUUUCCCGCCGCCAAGCUCGACAUCAGAAGAUUUCAUUCGGACGAUUACUUGGAUUUCUUGGCAUCGGUGUCUCCCCUGUCGGUUACGGACCCUUCGUUUACUAGACAUUCGAAGAGGUUUAAUGUGGGCGAGGAUUGUCCGGUUUUUGAGGGGCUGUUUGGGUUUUGUCAAGCGUCGGCCGGUGGGUCAAUCGGCGCUGCUGUUAAGCUGAAUAGAGGGGAUGCUGAUAUUGCUUUGAAUUGGGCGGGUGGGUUACAUCAUGCUAAGAAAAGUGAAGCUUCUGGGUUUUGUUAUGUUAAUGAUAUUGUGCUUGGAAUUCUUGAGUUGCUCAAGGUUCACAGGCGUGUUCUAUACAUUGAUAUCGAUGUGCACCAUGGGGAUGGUGUUGAGGAGGCAUUCUAUACUACCGACAGGGUCAUGACGGUGUCUUUUCAUAAGUUUGGAGAUUUCUUUCCUGGGACAGGGCAUAUAAAGGACAUUGGUACUGGACAAGGGAAGAACUAUGCCUUGAAUAUCCCGUUGAAUGAUGGAAUGGAUGAUUCAAGUUUCCGCGGUCUGUUUCGGCCCCUUAUCCAAAAAGUUAUGGAGAUUUAUCAGCCAGAUGCGGUUGUUCUCCAAUGUGGAGCAGAUUCACUGGCAGGUGAUAGGUUGGGGUGCUUCAACUUGUCUGUGAAGGGCCAUGCAGAUUGCCUGCGCUUUGUUAGAUCGUUCAAUGUUCCUUUGAUGGUUUUGGGUGGUGGAGGGUAUACUAUCAGGAACGUUGCCCGUUGCUGGUGUUAUGAGACAGCAGUUGCAGUAGGGGUGGAACCUGAUAAUAAAUUGCCUUACAACGAGUAUUAUGAGUACUUUGGCCCAGAUUACACACUUCACAUUGAACCGGCCAGCAUGGAUAACCUAAACUCGCCCAAAGACAUGGAGAGGAUAAGGAGCAUACUCCUAGAGCAACUUUCCAAACUCCCUAAUGCACCCAGUGUGCCUUUUCAGACAACACCGGCCACAACUGAAGUUCCCGAAGAGGCUGAAGAGGACAUGGAUCGACGACCUAAACCACGCAUAUGGGACGGUGAUGGUUAUGAGUCUCCCGAUGAGGAUGAGAAGCCCAAACCUAGAAGGUUGAACUAAGAUGGCCAAGCAUGGCAAACGAUGGAACUAGGUAAAAUUUGGUAAUUCUAUCUGAAUUGAACUUGCGGAAGCAUCAUACUUUGGUACUUCUUUUUGAUGCAUUGUAUCCAUUGAAGCAUGUGCACAUAUGGUGGGUCUUGCUCAGAUGAGAGAGCUUAUACUUGGCUAAGCAAAAGGUUUUUCACCAUCUAAGGGUGUUUAGAUACUUAUGAAAGCAUAGAGUAGGAAUUUACAGGCAUAUUUAAAUUCUGCGUUCACACAGUUUUUGAAAAUUGUAUUCUGAUAGAAUCAGACUAGUUUUAAUGUGCAAAAUUUUAAUUUAAGUUCA